AUGAAAAAGAGAAAGGAGUACUAUUAUGGAGAAAGAAAUUUCACAGGAAAACACAAUAAACAAUAUACCGUAUCAAAACCAUACACCCAAUUAUCAUCUUACAGAAGACCAGAACAAUAUUCAAGACCAGAACAAUUCUCAAGACCAGAACAAUUCUCAAGACCAGAACAAUUCUCAAGACCAGUACCAUACACAAGACCAACACCAUACAGACGACCCACAAAAUACAACAGAUUCUCAUCAAAUACCCAAAUACCGAAGACACCACAUUCACCUUCACAGGCAAACUAUCCAUCUCCACAGGCUCAAUAUCCACCUCCACAGGCUCAAUAUCCACCUCCACAGGCACAAUAUCCACCACCACAAGCACACUAUCCACCUCCGCAGGCACAAUACACACCUCCACAGGCACACUGCACACCACCACAGGCACAAUACCCACCUCCACAGGUAUACUACCCACCACCACAGGCACAAUACCCACCACCACAGCCACAAUACCCACCACCACAGGCACAAUACCCACCACCACAGGCACAAUAUCCACCAACACAAACUGAAGAAUUUCAUUUGGAGCCUGGUCAGAUUAAUUUUUCGUCGAGUGCAAAAAAGAAGAAAGAAGUAAUGAUGGAAGUAUUUGAAUUCGGACAUACAGAAGAAAAUGAUAAAUUCGCGAAGUCGGUCCAAGAUUUAUUAAAGGAGUUAAAUUUACAAGUAGAUACUGACUUUGAAAUUGAAAGCGAGGUAGAAGAAGAAUUGGACGAUUACAAAAAUGAUCAUGGUGACGAUCACGAUAAUGAUGAUGAUCACGAAAAUGAUAACGAUCACGACAAUCAUUUUAAUAAUGACGAUCACUACAAAAACAAUGAUCAGGAAAGAAUUAAAAUGCUAACACCUACAAUUGAUGUAAAAACUCGUUGGCACUCGACACACGAUAUGAUCGAUAAAACUUUAAAGCUUAAAGAAGCGUUGAUUUUAUUGUGCGAAACUGAUCCGCUGUUUUACAAUUUAGAAAUAUUAGAAUCUGAUUGGGAUCUUCUUGAGUCUGUCGUAAAAUAUUUACGAUAUUUUAAGAGUUUAUCAAACUUAUUAUGUGGUGAAAAAUAA